AUGAAGACCUUCCUCAUCCUUACCUUCCUUUCCAUGGCGGUGACCAUUGCCACCGCCAAUGUGCAAUUAAUAUCUAGUUGCCAAUAUCAGCCGCAACAACCAUUUCAACCAUUUCCCGGGCAACAAAUGCCAUUUUCCGGGGAACAACAACUAAUUCCAGGGCAACAACUGCCAUUUCCUGGGCAACAAGAGAUGCCAAUUCCCUGGCAACAACUGCCAAUUUCUGGGCAACAACAACCAUUUCCCGGGCAACAACUAUCAUAUCCGCAAGUACAACAGUUGAACCCGUGCAGAGAGUUCCUCCUACAGCAGUGUAAUCCUAUGACGGUGAUGACGUUCCUCCGAUCUCAGAUCUUGCAGCAGAGUAGCUGUCAGGUGAUGCGGCAACAGUGCUGCCAGCAGCUGGCCCAAAUCCCUGAGCCGUCCCGGUGCCCAGCAAUCCAGAGCAUCAUGGAAGCAAUCUUCAUACAGCAGCAACAACAACAAAAAAUUGCUCUGGGCCUGCAUCCAAUAGAGAUUGCAUGGAAUACUGACGCCUGA